AUGGCCUCGCAAAUCAAGGUUGAAAUUAUCGAGAGGCAAACCGUUAAACCCCCCUCCCCAACACCUCAUCACCUUAGAAAUUAUAAGCUUUCUCAUCACGAUGAGAUGGCUCCUGCAAUCUACAUCCCACUCCUUCUCUUCUAUCCCAAUGCUGCUGAUGCUAAUACUAACAAUGUCAUUGCCACCAACGAAAGAUGUCAGCAUCUAAUGCAAUCUUUAACUACAACUCUCACCCACUUCUACCCUUUAGCAGGAAGAAUCAAAGGUCACGCCGUAAUUGAAUGUAACGAUGAUGGAGCUGAAUUUGUGAAAGCCGGAGUCACGUGCUCCUUAUCAGAGAUUUUGGAACACCCAGAUGCCGAGAUGUUAAGACGAUUCCUUGCUAUUGAUCAAUCCGACUCCAGAGAAUCAGCCACAAGCCCAUUGCUUCUUGUUCAAAUCAACUUGUUUGAGUGCGGUGGAAUGGCAAUUGGGUUUAGCAUUUCGCAUAAGUUUGCUGAUACCUCAACACUGAGCUUAUUCAUCAAUUGUUGGACUGCAACCUGCCAUAAUCAGUCAAAUAAGUUAAUGGUUCCAAAAUUUGGUGCAGCGUCUCUGUUUUCACCACUAAAUUUGUCUAACUUAGAGCCACCGGCAUUCCCACCCGCGGAAGGCGCUAAAGAAAAAUGCAUGACAAGGAGGUUUGUGCUUGAUGCCACAAAAAUUGCUGCUCUCCAGUCAAAAGUAGCCAGCUCAGCUGUGCCAAAACCAACAAGAGUACAAGCAGUAUCAGCACUCAUUUGGAAAUGCAAAAUUCAAGCAUCAUCCAUAUCAUCAUCAUCAAACAUGUUGGGGACUAGUCUAAUAAGGCCAUCAGUCGUCUCUCAGCCUACGAACAUGCGUAAAAACACAGUGCCGCCAUUGGCAGAAAACAAGGUAGGGAAUCUAGUGGAUUUUUCAACAGCACACUACUCUCACUCUGGAGAGAGUACUAGUGGCAUAGAUUUGGAAGACUUGGUAGCAAAAAUCGGGGAAGCGCUUGAAGAGAUGAAAGAGCAUUGUGCUAUGAAAGUAGUAUUCGAUACUGGCGAAGCAUGGAAAAAAAAGAAAGAGUACAUAAACCUGGUAAAAAAUGAUGACAUAGACAAGUAUGUGUGCACAAGUUGGUGUCGAUUUCCAUUUUAUGAAGCCAAUUUCGGAUGGGGAAAGCCAUCAUGGGUGAGUUUUGUUCCUGUUCCAGUUGACAAUAUAACUAAUUUGAUGGACAAAAGAGAUGGCAAUGGAAUAGAAGCGUGGGUGAAUCUGAGACAAAAAAAGAUGGCCUUAUUUGAAAGCAACGAGGAGCUGCUUGCAUAUGCUUCUCUCAAUCCUAAGGUCACCUACUGA